CUUUUCGGACCAGUGCAACCAAGAUGUCUAUGAGUGCAACCACAAAGCGAAACGUCAACAGAGAACGGUCUGAAAGAAUUUGGCUCCUGCUCUUACUGUUAACUAUAUAUUCACCCCUUUUCAUGUCGUCGUUUUCAUGGAAGAAUUACUUUUAUCAUCGUCUACCAGCGCAUAGUGAUGUAACGUUAACCUUUGCGAGCUAGCUAUACUCAUUGUUCUGGCCAUCCCUGACACUGACAUCUAUUUCAACAUGGACGAAGACUUUAUGGUUGCUCUGCAGCUGCAGGAACAGUUCGACAACGAAUAUGAAUCCUCCUUAUUAUCACCAACGAACUUUGAAGAGAAUAGCGUUGAGCAAAGUAGUAAAAAAAGAAAAAUAGAAUCGGGGGGUAAUGGUAUUCCCUGGACAAACCGAGUGGAAAGGCCGAUGUCCAUCGUGGAUGAGUCCUGGGAGAUCUUGGACCCCAGCCCUGAUGUUCGAGCUAUGUUUUUGGAGUUCAAUGCCAUGUUCUUCGAGGGCAAACUCAGUGGAGUCGAGGUCAAAUGGAGCCCAAGAAUGACACUUUGUGCAGGUGUGUGUUCUUACGAGGGCCGCGGUGGACUGUGUUCAAUUAGACUCAGUGAGCCGCUAUUGAAGCUCAGACCCAGGCGGGACCUGGUGCAGACUCUCCUCCAUGAGAUGAUCCAUGCGCUGCUGUUUGUGACCCAGAACAACAGAGACAGAGAUGGACAUGGGCCUGAGUUCUGCAAGCACAUGGAAAGGAUCAACACAGCCACUGGGACCAAAAUAACUGUCUACCACAGCUUCACCGACGAGGUCGACCUGUAUCGGCAACACUGGUGGAAAUGCGAUGGCCCCUGCCAGCAUCGAAAGCCUUACUUUGGAUUCGUGAAGAGGGCCAUGAACCGGGCCCCGUCGGCCAACGACCCCUGGUGGGGAGAUCACCAGAGGACCUGUGGUGGGACUUACAACAAGGUGAAGGAGCCCGAAGGCUACGGGAAGAAGAAAGGCAAGGCAGAGUCUGGAAAGGCACAGUCUGGCAAGGAUAAGAUGGCAGAGGGGAAAAAGCCAGUGGGGAACGCAAAACCAUCUAGCACAACCACAGCCAGUUCCGGGUCGCAGGACAUCAGAGACAUGAUCCCAUUUAGUGGGAAGGGCGUUCUUCUCGGGGGGUCACAGCCCUCCUCUUCUCCAAAAUCACCAGAGCCUGUUUGGAAAAGACCUUUCCCUAGCCCUGUUUCCUCUCCCAAACGACCCCCAUUCUCACCUCCACCCCGAAACAAACUUGGCUCUCCCACGGAUGCCUUUCUGGAUUCUCUGGGCAAGAACAGUUCUGGCACCUUGCCCCUAAAUAAGCCGCCCACAAAGCACUCUGUGGGCAACACCAAGUACUUUGUCAGCAUCAAUGGCUCGCCGGUUAGAGUACCCAAACCUAACCGUGGCAACGUUGGACCAGGGUCCGCCAAGCAACACACCCCCGGAGGACACAUUCUAAAUGCUAAGCAGAAGUCUGUGAAAGAGCUUUUUGAUAGUUUCAGCAUAACUGAGAGCCCGAAGCCCUUAACAGACAGCAAUGGAAAAACUCCCUCAUCAUCCAGACAACAGGUCAAUCCUCCAUCUACCCUCUCAAAGUAUCCAUCCGGUGCUCCCACAAUGUCAAAACCGAGCCCUACCAAACCGAGCCAGUCCAAGUAUUUUGGCAGUCAGGGUGCGGCUGGAGCUGCCUCCGUUUCUGCAGUCCCCUCCAGGAAGAGGUCGUGGGACGAGCGCGCUGGCACUCCUAAUCUCUUAGACUUCUUCAGCAAAAAGGCUGGAGGCUCGGGGUUACCCCAUGGCCAGGCGAGGGUAACGGGAAGCGGGGCCUCCGCUGCGUCCGGUUCCUCUGGAGAGCACCAAAAAACUGCCACUGCCACAGUAACCAGCAGCACCGGCACCACUUCCUCGUCACACUUACCGUCGUCUUCUGCUGCGUCGUCCUCGUCCACUGCACUGCCUAACACCAGCUCUUCCUCCUCUGUCCCUCUACCGCUGAUGGUCAGCUGCCCUGUGUGCCAAGUAAAGGUACAGGAGUCCAAGAUCAAUGAGCAUCUCGACUCCUGUCUUUGUUAAGGAGGGCGGUGAAUGUGGACAGAAUGUGGACAGAAUGUUGAUACAUUGUUGUAUCACUCCUGACUUCCGAUGAGUAAAAAUACAAGUUGGCAGAUUCUUUGUUCUUGACCAACUGUUUCAUUCAGGGAGUUGCCGUAGAACCAUUUUGGUUCUACUGCAGGUAAGCUCUUAAUGAAGUAGAGAGGUACUUCAUAAGAGUGCUAGUAAUAAUAAGGCGUAUAGGCACACCAUUUUUGCGUUUGGGAUUGUUUUAGUUUGUGCUUUUAUUUAAUUGUAUUAAAAUGAAGAGAUUGCCUUUGUUAACUACAACUUGAGUGCUGUUCUGAAAGACUGUGUCUUUAGCCUUACAACCAAAUAAUCUUCAGUUCAUUGAUGCCUCCUAUAAUAAUAUUAUGGCUAAGAGAUAGCACCAGAUUAAAAAUCAAUGUCUUCCAAAGUUCAUGCCUCGAUUGGAACUAAAUAACGGAAAAUAUAUUAUAUAUAAUUCAGCCUCUGCUGUAGCGCAAACUAUAUCUACCUCUCUUAACGGUUAAAAGGAGUGUUGGGACUGCCAUUCUCAUAGAUUUGCUGAUCUGUAGCCGGCAAAGGGGAUGUUUCACUGCUCAUUUUGGUGCUAUCACAUUUCAACCGGGCCAGCUAUGGUAUCCGCUUCCUUUGCCCAUAAGAAUUCCCAGUGCAUUCUGCUUUGGCAAGCAUUCGCAAGGGCGUGUGCAUCUGACCUUGAUGGGCAAUGAAUGAGGAUGUGCCAGUUGAAUUUAAUCAUUCCCAUUUAAAGUAUUUAAAAUGUUACUAUGUGGUUAAAAGGUUUUAUAGUGGAAAUUCUCCUCACUCUUUUUUGUGGAGGGCAAAUUAUUGCAUUGCUACAGAGGAUUUGAAUGCUACUUAUUAUAUGUUGUUUUGCAAUACAUAUUUUUAGAUCUAUUGAAUUCCUAAGCAAAUAAAAGUUUGUUUUAAACUUU